AUGAGUUCUAGUCGAUUUUCGUCAAAGGCGUAUCAGCGGGAUCUACGGACGUCGCUCUUCACAACACAGGAUGCUCAGGCCCAGCCGCAGCAGUUCGCUGAAGAGCGGCCUGCCUCCCCAUACGGGAAUCCAUCUGCUAAGGACUACAAUGCAUCGAUGUUAUCGCACCUCGAAUCGCAGAAUGAGGAUGAGUAUAGUUCAAUGAGUGACAAACUGGUGAUGCUUAAAGACUUGGGUAAUCGGAUGGGGGAUGAAAUCCGUAAAUCGAAUCUGGACAUAUCAAAUUUGAACUCUAAUUUGGAUACCGCAAGGCUGCGGUUGAAAUCGACGUUUGGAAGGAUGAUGACCAUGGCGAAAUCGUCUGGGAUUGGUUGGAGAAACUGGUUGGUCUUUUUUGCAGUGGUGUGUUUCUUGUUUUUCCUAGUGUGGGUGUUCUGA